CCAUCACCUAGUAACUUUCUUUAUUCUCCUCUUUCGUUUUUAUGUAGUAGUGAGAAAUGAAGAUAAUAUUGGUUCUCUUGCUUUCUUACUUUCAUUUAGUUAGCUGCAAUAGUACUCGUUCAGAUACCUUGUUGCCUGGCCAGUCCUUUUCCUUUUCUGCAGAAGAUACUUUAGUAUCCAAACAAGGGAAGUUUGAACUCGGUUUCUUCUGUCCAGGUAAUUCUGAAAAGCUUUUUAUUGGUAUAUGGUAUACAAACAUAAAGCCCAAAACUGUGGUUUGGAUAGCAAAUAGGGACAACCCUAUUCGUCCUCCGUUCAAUAAUUCUCAUCUAGAGCUGUCUGAUGGAAAUCUACAACUCUUGGAUGCACGUAAACAAAGAGUUUGGAGUUCUAGUUUAUCCACACCUUCAGCAUAUGCCAAUAAAGCAGUACUUCUUGACUCUGGAAAUCUUGUUUUGACAAAUGGCAUUGACAGACAGUGGCAGAGCUUUAAUUAUCCUACAGAUACGUGGCUGCCUGGUGCGAUGAUUGGAUUUAAUAAGUCCAAGAACACACUCCAGAAACUUACUUCUUGGAGGGAUCUGAAUGAUCCAGCUUCAGGAAGCUACUCUUUGCAAGUAGGCCAGAAUCAAAAUGGUGAGUUAGUUGUUCAACAUAAUUUCCAGGAAGAAUGGAGGUCUGGGCCUUGGAAUGAAGGAGGGUUUGCUAUUAGAGCAGAACAAAAUUAUUAUAAGGAUUUAUUCGACUUCAGUUAUGAUCCAACUGAAUAUAGUAAAUAUAUUACUUACAAUGGCUUUGCUGAAUCUGACAUUUCUCGAAUUGUCUUAGAAUUUAAUGGGUCGAUGAAGCAAUGGUUCUGGUCUAAAGAUCAUCAGAGUUGGCAGUUAGUGUGGUCUCGAUCUACUGAUAAUUGUGACCGAAUAAAUUUCUGUGGUGCUUUUGGAAUUUGUGACAUGAAUGCCAAUCCACCCUGUGAAUGCUUAAAAGGUUAUGAACCGAAGUUUAAAUUAGAUUGGGAUAGUAGAAACUAUUCAGGUGGGUGUGUGAGAAAAAAUCCGCGGCAGUGUGGCAGCAAUAACAAAAAAUUUGUCCGUAUGCCAAAUGUAAAACUUCCUGUGUCAUCUGAAUCAAUGAAAGGAGUAAAUGAUCAGAUCUGUGAAUAUAUAUGUUCAUCCAAUUGCUCAUGCAAUGCUUAUGCUUACAGCAAUAGUGGAGAGUGCUUAUUUUGGUAUAGCGAUUUGAUUGAUCUGUCAAUAUUACCUAAUAAUUCAAGUCAAGUAGAGUUCAACAUUAAGCUUUUUGAGCGCUCGAACAAAGGUUAGGUGCUUCCAAGCUGCAUCUUAUU